AUGAAGAAAUUCGGAUUCGGGAAGAAGAGUGCCGAUGAUGGCGACGACGCCAACCGCAACGCUCUGUUCGGGCGUAAGAAGUCCUCUCCCGCUCCCAAUUCCCCCCCUGCCCCUCAGUCCGACAACCCCUAUGCCCGACAAGCGCCAGCCAACGAUCCCUAUACUAGCUCGAAGCCUACGACUGCCUACCAGCAGGCUCGAGCAGGCCUGAACAACCCUGGAGGUGCACCUGGCCCGAACGGCGGUGGUUACGGCAACAACCAGUACGGCUCUGGAGGCGGCUACGGCUCGAACAGAUACGAGUCUCCAGCUGCUCAGAACCCGUACAGCGCAGGCAGCCGUGUCAGUGGUUACGGUGGCCUUGGGGGUAACGAGCCAGACAGCAACCGAGACGCACUGUUUGCCGGAGCUCAGGAGAGAUACGAACAGAAGCAGCAGCGCCCUCCUCCUGCAUAUCCCGAUGCGGGAGGCAGUGCUGCCGGGGGUGACUACGGUGGCUAUGGCGAGCAGCGAGAGUUGACCGCCGAGGAGCAAGAGGAGCAAGAGGUCCAGGCCAUUCUGGCCGAGAAGCGAGCGGUGCAGCAGGAGAGUGCCAACUCCGUCAACCGUUCCGUCCUGAUGGCGAGACAGGCAAACGAGGUGGGACGGGCGACGCUGGCUCGACUUGGCGCGCAGGGCGAGCGCCUCCACAACACUGAGAAGAAUUUGGAUCUCGCCGCCAACCAGAAUAAGAUUGCUCAGGACAAGGCUGCCGAACUCAAGACGCUCAACAGGAGCAUGUUUGCGGUACACGUUGGCAAUCCGUUCACCUCCAAGGAGCGCCAAGCAAGGGCCGACGAAGCAGUCAUGAAGCGCCACCAUGAUGAGCGAGAAGCACGAGAGAACACUCGCCGGGAGGGUUUCGCAGCCAACCAGCGCAUGGAAGACAGCUUCAGGGCUUUCAACACUGCUGGUGCGCGACAGAAACAGACUACCAAGAAGGGCUACGGAAAGUAUAACUUGGACGAUGAGGAUGAUGAUCUCGAGGACCAAAUUGAUGAUGGGCUUGGAGAGCUAGAGAGUCAGGUCAAGAUGAUGAACAUGGUCGGUAAAGCAAUUGGCAAGGAGGUGGACGCACAGAACAAGAUGAUCGACCGAAUCACCCAGAAGAGCGAUGCUGUCGACGAUGCUACCCGCAUGAACAGAGAACGCUUAGCCCGCAUCAACUAG